AUGUCACCCACGAUUCCCGAAAACAUGACUUCUGACUCCGUGGAGCUCGCCCGCUCGCCCUCAGUAUCGUCUACGUCCACUGUAGGAAGCAACAGCUCGACAGGAAAGUUAAUUAAACGUCUUUCAGUACACAAAAAUUUAAAUCUGUCCACCGACCCUGCCAAUGAGACAUCCAAUGACCCGUCAAUUCCGGUCGUUUCUACAACUUCUGAGCAAGCCACCGUGGCUCCUACAUCUUCUGGGACUGGAGGGUCAGGAAAUCCACUUCCGAAGCCGGGAAUAAAGCGAAAACCAAUCAAAUUCACCGUCAGAAAAGUAUCGCAUGAACCAGUAAACACCCCACCUUCUGACCUGUCAUCGCUGCGUGAUAAGGGUCCAAGUCGCCAAAACAGUCACAGCAAGUCACACCACCAUCAUAACCAUCACAAUCUGCAUACACGUCAACUGUCGGAAUCCUCAAAGUCGAUGACCAAAGCCCUCGCUGCCAGUCAAGAAAAAUACGAUUUGUAUUCGAGUAGAAUCGAGAAAAUCAACAAGGAAAUCGAUUUUUUGAACAAUUUGCUUCCGCCUUAUAACGUGGAAAUCGACUAUACGACCCGGACCAAGAUAGUAAGAGCCAUUGAAAAACUACGUACAAAACAGGACGAAUUGAGUAAAAAGAAGUACAGUUUGGGCAUCACCAUUAGCCGACUUUGGAGAGAACAAGACGCUGGAACCAUGUGGGUGCGGUCAGUAAGCAAUUGA